AUGUCGCCGAUCCCCACCUCCUCCAUCAUCCCUACCUCAUCCUCCGCGACGAAGACUACUGCCAGCACUCCAACUGCCAUCACCGGCGAGAACAUUCCUGAUGCCUCGUCAGCCACUGACCUCGGCAUCAUCGCCUUCGUCAUCAGCAGCGUAGACUCGAUUCCAACCCCUCACCGCUGCGAUCGUGCCUGGCUCGGACUGGCGUACCAGUGCCAGGAGUUCCGACAUAUGCCCAUCGGAUCUGCCUCAAAUGCAUACGCCGACCACAUACAUUUGCGCGCCGUAUAG